AUGACGCUGCGGUUGGACGGCCAAACACUCGACAUCGCCUAUGAACCGUUAAAGAAGGGUGAAAUUCGCCUCAUCACGUUCGAGGGCAUCACAAGCGCCUCUCCCGGGAAUCGUCUCGGAUACCACAUUCGACACGUUAGCAUCGACGAUCCGCCCCCCUACUGCGCUCUUUCCUACCGAUGGGGUAAUGGAAAAGAAUUGAAGUAUCCAACCAAGUUCAAAGGCAACUGGCUCGACAUCCGUGGUGGGCCACUGGAAGCAGUGCGGGCUUACUUGUCCAACCCAAGUGCAGAAGAUGGCCAUCUCCCGUUCUGGAUUGAUCAGUUCUGCAUAGAGCAGUCCAGCAAGGAUGAAAUGACCCAGCAGGUGUCUAUGAUGCAUGAAAUCUACUCGAAAGCAACCAAGACAGUCAUCUAUCUGGGCACUCCUCGAGGCCCGGAGAGUGAAGGCCAUUUCCGCUCUGCUUUCGACUACCUCAGAACACUUGAUGGCGACGCCAUGUCCCUUGAUUCGUUGGAACAGACCGUUCAGUCUACGAAAAAGUUGCCCGUAGGAACCGUGGCCGCGCUGGCCGCCGUCCUCGCAGCGCCAUGGUUCAGUCGCACUUGGGUCGUUCAGGAAGCAGUCCUGUCCAAGAACGCCGUAGUGCUCUGCGGUAACAACAUCGAAGACAUGGUGCAGCUGUGCGCUGCAAUCUCGCACUUCGACAGCAUGGCCUUUCUUCGCCAACUCUUCCGAGACUUCCACGUAUUAGAACACCCGUGGCAGGCCCGGGUACAGAGAGUGCGGUUGUUCUACCGCUUGAAACUGAGCUAUGCCGCAUCUCAGCCACAGCCAUCGGAAUGCCUUCCUCGAGACGCGAUGAAACGCUUGCUUGCCCGCUGCCGGCCUUUGGAGGCUACAGAUCCAAGAGACAAGAUCUUUGCGCUUGCAGGCAUCUGCAGGGCCGACGACAGACCGGUUGUUGGCUAUGAGCUGUCGGAAGCGCACGUUUAUCGAGACACGGCGGUGAGAAUAUUGCAAGAAGGGCACCAACACCACCGCAAUACACCAAUGGGGACAGAAGAGCCGGUCAGUUGCUUGUGGAACGACCUCUGCCUGCUCGCGCUCGUCAAUGCAGACCAUGUGAUGAUCACAUCACCCUCUUGGAUCCCUGACUGGUCGCUGCCACUGACAUACAACGACCUCUGGUUCGAGCACGAGGAGUCUCUCAGCUUCCACGCGUCUGGGAACAAGAGCCCUGGUGUCCAGUUCCCCGAUCAUUCUCCUCGCACGCUGGUCAUAUCGGGGAAGCUCUGCUCAGCAGUUUCGUCGACCGGUGAGGACAGCAUCCAGACGAGGGUCUUCCACGAGACUGACAUGGACGAGUGUGGCUUCUCCGACGAGUGGUGGCCGGUAUCGAGAGGGAGAAUUGAGGGGACCGUAGAACAAGGAAAACGCCUCCCCGAAUGGAUUGUGCGCGCUGCAGAGUACCUUCGUGCCCACACUCACCCGAGCGUCGACCAUCAGCAGCGUGAAGAACGUAUUGCUACGACGCUUUGUGCGGGCGCAAGCAUUGAGACUGCCUCGGGCCGCGGUGGACACGUGGCUUCAGCCAACAAGAGAGGCCAGCUUGCCCAGCUCUGGAAGUCGUAUCAAAAGUUUGCUGCUCGUCGCCUCGGAGUGGAGAUAGAGAAAGAUGAGACCGAUGCCGGGAGUCGGGAUGAGAAUGAACGGGCAUGUGUGUGCUUCCUGGGCAUGGUCGGUAUAGCAUGUCGCGGACGAAGGCUGUUUGUGACAAUGGAUGGCCACAUUGGUCUUGGACCUGGCCGGAUGACAGAGGGCGACGUGAUUGGUGUUCUGUAUGGGUCACAUUGGCCAUUCGUUCUAAGACCCUGUGGCGAUGGUUUCCUUUUGGUGGGGUAUUGUUACGUUGAUGGAAUGAUGCAUGGGGAAAUUGUUGAGCGCGGCGAUAUUCCUGAAAAGCAGGUCAGGCUAGUAUAA